AUGACAACACGAACAUCAAUAGUUAAUAUUCAUUGUCCUCCAUCAUCAUCAACUCAUGGAUGGCAAGUUGAAAGUGGUUAUUAUUCAGAUUCAUACAAUAACUCCUCCUCUUCAAUGUUCAAUACAAAAAAACAAACAUCAUCACAAGGUGUUCGUCAACCAUCUUCAUCUUAUUGUCCAUCUUUAAUACCACCGCCACCCUCGACAAAUUUAUUUCACAGAUCAUCAUGUCAUAAACGACAACAUCAAACUGCUAAAGACAUAAUUUUAUGUUCAUGUACCCAUCAUUCAUAUCUUCAACAUAAAAUAAAUGGUAGCAAUAAUUCUAAUAUGACAACAAAUGCGACAAUGUUUUGUCCGAUUGAUCGAUAUACACCUUCCAUUACAAAUAUGAAACCGAUUUCUGAACAUCAUAGUGAACAUUCAAAUACGUUUUCCAAUGAUUCGAAUAUAUCACAACCAACAUCAACAAGCAAUGAUGAUGAAUCAGGAGAUCACUCAGUAAUGGAUUCAACUGCUUUAUCACCGCUUCUCACACCACCAUCACAAAUGCCACCACCACUACCACCACUUCCAUCUUCUCAUCCUCCUAUGAUUCCUGUUGACCAUACAACAUUAUUACAUCAAAUAAAAUCAGCAACACGUAAUUCAAUUCUUUUAUGUGGUGAUAAUAUUUCAACAACAACCAAUUCCUAUAUGGCUGAUAGUGGUUUUGAUUCAUCAGGUUCACAUGGAGCUAGUUCAUCAGUACCUUCAUCAUCAACACCAUGUACCGCUUUUAUGAUUCAAACACAAACAGGCAAUGCUCUCUUGAUACCACAUUCACAAGGAACAUUGAUGUCAUCGUCUAAUAUUGAUUCAAAUGGUAAUAAUAUUAAUAAUGGAACACUUCCGCUUCGAUCUUCCGCCUACUCAUGUCCAAAUUCAACCCAACUAACAACAAUGUCAACUAUUGAUCGACCUAAUUCAAAUUCAUCAAAUGUCUAUCAGACAAUUGAUGCCGACAGUCAUCGUGAAUAUGUUAUUCAUUCAAAUGAUAAUAAGAAUGAGAUAUUUCCUGAUACACCAUUAUUGCCUUGCUUUCGAAAUAAUUGUUAUGUUUAUCCAUUGGAUCAUCAUCAUCAUCAUUCCCAUUCACAUAUUCGUUGUAAUUGUGAUUCAGCAACAACAUAUAAUGAACAAACAACAACAACAUCAGCAACAAGACAAUCAACACAUUCACCAUGUCCAUUAUUUAAUAAUUCCAUAUGUCGAUUUAAAAAACGUAAAAAUGAUGAAAAUUAUUAUCAAGAAAGAACAUUCUUUUCAUGGAAAAUAAUUGCCAUUAUUCUUCUUUUCACAACAUUAUGUUUUUCAAUAUCAACUAUUUAUUUGUCAAUCAUGCGUUAUUAUCAUCCAACAUUUCGAGAGAUUAAUUUAACACAAUCAAAAACUCAUCAACAAAAUUUAUUUUAUGGUAAAACUACACGUUUUAUACGUAUUGGUGAUAAAAUAAAAGAAACAAUUGAUUUACAAUCAAGUGCACAAUUACAGUUUUAUAUUGAACGAACAAUAUCAAUACAAUUUAAUUUUACAGCUAAUCGUGAAGCAAAAUUUGGUUUUUAUGGUAAACGAUCAAGUUCACCAAGUUUAACACAAUUUGAUUUUUUUCAUCCAUUCAAUGGUAAUAUUCAACAACAUCAUCUUGUACGUCGAAGUUCAUUACAAAAUUAUACAUCACAAAACUAUUUAACAAAUUCAAAUGAUGAACAAUUAACCUUGUUAUUCAAUGAAUUAUUAACAACAGGACUUUGGUAUAUAACAAUAAUAAAUGAUGGUCUAUCAAAAGAAGAUUAUCAAUUAUAUAUUGAUCAAAUUAAUGAAAAAAAUGAACGUCUAUGUUUAAAUAAUUGUAAUAAUCAUGGUAUUUGUAAACAAGGCGUUUGUAUAUGUCAUCCAUCAUAUACUGGAUUGGAUUGUUCAAUUGGUAAAGAAAAGAAUAUUUUUUGUGAGUUUAAAGAUGAUCUUCUUCUUGUUUUUGUAGCACAAUGUACAGAUUUAUGUAGUGGACAUGGUGUUAUUGAACAUGGUCAAUGUCGUUGUCAAGAAGGCUGGCAUGGAACUGAAUGUCAGCUAAUGUUAAAUCAAUGUGAAAUAGCAAAUUGUAAUAAUCGAGGUUCUUGUGUUGCUGGCAAAUGUAUUUGUCAAAAUGGUUUUCAAGGAAAAUUUUGUGAACAAAUAUCAUGUCAAAAUACAAAUUGUAGUAAUCAUGGAAUAUGUAUUGAAGGAAAAUGUCGUUGUUUUCAUGGAUAUACAGAUGAUGAUUGUUCAGUAUUAAUACAAUUACAAUGUGAUAAUCAAUGUUCAGGACAUGGACGUUAUAUUGAUUAUCCGAAAGCAAUGUGUAUAUGUGAUAAUAAUUGGACAGGAGAAAAUUGUUCUCAAUUAAAAUGUAAUAUUGAUUGCGGUAUUCAUGGAAAAUGUACAAAUGAUAAUAAAGAUCAAUGUCAAUGUGAUAACGGGUGGACAGGAGAAAAUUGUAUGAAAAAAAUAUGUUCACAUUUAUGUAAAAAUUGUGAUGAUAAUGGAAUUUGUUUAUGUGAAAAUGGAUUUAGUGGUCGAUAUUGUCAAAUAGAUGCUUGUUCAAAUAAUUGUAAUGGACAUGGUGAAUGUAAAAUGAAUAAAUGUAUUUGUCAUACAAAUUGGUUUGGAUCGGAAUGUCAAUUUACAAUUGAAAAUAAUUGUAAUGAUCGAUUGGAUAAUGAUCAUGAUGGUCUUAUCGAUUGUCUUGAUCCGGAUUGUUGUUCAUCAAGUUUAUGUCAAUCAACAGAAGAAUGUAUUUCAAGAACAAAUGCGAAAGACAUAUUAUUACGACGUCAAGCACCAAGUCCAUCAGCUUCAUUUUUUGAACGUAUGCAAUUUUUAAUUCAAGAAGAUGGACUUCAAACUUCAUCAAUUUACUCAUCAUUUAAUGAAAGACGAGCAUCAGUUAUUCGUGGACAAAUUUUUUAUAAAAAAUCUCUUCCACUCAAUGGUGUUAAAGUUCAAGUAUUUAAUAAUCCAAAUCAAGGUUUUACAAUAUCAGAUAAAGAUGGAGUUUUUAAUUUAUUAAUCAAUGGCGGAGGUUCAACACUUAUUCAAUUUAUUCGACAACCUUUCAAAACUAAACAAUAUGCAUUUAUUGUACCAUGGAAUACAUUUCUUCAUAUUGGUUAUAUUUAUCUCGAUGAAACUAUUGAUAAUAAUCAUUGUUAUAUAAAUAUGUCGAAUACUAUUCAACCCAAAUUAUGGGAUACUAGUCUUGAUCGAACUUUUCUAAAUAAUAAUCAAUAUGAUUAUGCAUAUACAUUAGGUUCACAAAUAAUUCGACAAUCAAUAUCAAUUGAUAAAUAUGAUUUACCAAUAAAAUUUAUUUAUUUAAGUUCAUCAAGUACACGACGUUAUCAAUCAAUAUUAACAAUUGUUUUAACUGAUCAAGAAAUUGAUGAUGAAUUAAUUGAAAUACAUUUAAGUAUAAGUAUUGAAGGAAUUUAUUUUCGAAAGAAAUUUUCUGCACAAACAAAUUUAAUCUAUGAAUAUGAAUGGUCAAGAAGAAAUGCUUAUGAACAGAAUGUACAUGGUUUAGCUGAAGCAAUAGUUUCAAUUGGAUAUGAAUAUAUGAAUUGUACUCAAAUUGUUUGGUAUAGAAAAUCAGUCAAAAUGACCGGACAAGAUAUUCCAACAGCAAAUGUUGGUGGAUGGACAUUUGAUGUUCAUCAUAAAUUAAACAUACAAACAAGUAUUCUUCAUAAAGGUGAUGGAACAAAUAUGUUACUUACAGAUUCUCCUCUUCAAUUUUCAACAUUAAUGGGUAUUCGUGAUCAAUCACGUUCAAUUGAUUGUCAACAAUGUCAUGAAAAUCAAGCAAUAUUAACGAAAUUACUUAAUCCAACUAGUUUAACUGUUAGUAAUGAUGGUACAAUUUAUAUUGGUGAUUUAAAUAUCAUUUGGAUGUAUCAAUUAACAACUGGUUUAGUUAAACCUGUACUUGAAUUAAAUGAACAAUAUACAUAUAAAUAUUAUUUAAGUACGGAUCCAGUUGAUGGUCGUUUGUAUAUAUCGGAUUAUUAUCGUCGACAGAUAAUACGUUUGAUAAAAACUGAUUCAAUUGAAAAUCUUAAAGAAAAUUAUGAAAUUGUUAUUGGUGAUGGACAAUAUUGUACAAUAGAUUUAAUUCAUAAUAUAACAUGUGGUGAUGAACAAUUAGCAAAAGAUGUUUCAUUAUCAUAUCCAAAAGGUUUAACAAUUGAUCGUUAUGGAACGAUUUAUUUUAUUGAUGGACAACGUAUAAGAAAAUUAAGUAUUGAUAAUAGUCGUGUUACAAAUCUUGUUGGUUCAUUUGAAUAUCAAAUUGAUUAUCAAAGAGAAUUAUCAUGUAAUCGAACUUAUCCACUCGAUCAGUUUAAACUUUAUAAUCCAACAACAUUACAUAUUCAUCCACUUGAUGGUGAUUUAUAUGUUCUUGAUGAUAUGUAUUUAUAUCGUAUACGAAUAAAUUUAAAUCUUAUUGAAAUUAUUCUUGGUCAAUCAUUGAAUUGUUUAAAUCAAGAAAAUUUUAUUCAAUUAAAUAAUCCAAUUGAUUUUUCAUUUAAUUAUCAAGGAGAUCUAUUUCUAUUAGAAAAAUCCAAAUCAUUCAUUCGUGUAUUACGUUCAUCAAAUAAUCAACUAGAAAAUUUAAAUUUAAAUUCGAAAAAUUUAAAAUUAAACUUUUUUUCAAUUAUUAAUUAUCCAGAUGGUUCGAUUAUAUUAGCAAAUACUGCUACAAAAGAAAUCUUUAAAUUAAAAUCAAUUUCAUUAACUAAUGAAGAUGAACAAACAAAUGGUUUAAAUAUACAAUCAAUGGAUAAAAAUGAAAUAUAUGUUUUCAAUCGUGUAGGACAACAUAGAUCUACUAUUGAUGCAUUAACAGGUGAAAUAAUUUUUAAUUUUACAUAUGAUUCUCCACAAAAUGCUUAUGGUAAAUUGGAAUCGAUAAACUAUCGUAAUGGUAAAAGUUUAUUACUUAAAUAUGAUUAUGCCAUGCGUAUCAAUGAUAUUAUUCAAAUGCCAAUUGGAAAUAAAUUAAAAAUUGAUUUUUCGAAACAAAAAUUUCUAUCGAAUAUUGUUGAUAUGAAUGGUUUAUCGACACAAUUUCAAUAUGAUAAUGGUUUAUUAAUAUCAAUUAUAAAAAAUAAUCUUAUUAGACUUCAUUUUAUUUAUGAUAAAGCUGGACAUAUUCAAAAAAUUAUUCAUGAUGAUGGUUAUUUUAAUGAAUUAAUACCAUCUGCAAAUAAUUCAUUCUAUCGAAUAGACAUUCUUAAUCCAAAUGGUAAUCGAACAUAUUUAAUAAAUAAAUCCACACGAAUUCAAUUAAAAAAUAAUAAACGUCGAUUAAUCCGUCAAGAUCUAUCAAAUUCUUCAAUAGUAAUGUCAGAAUUAAAUCCAUCUUUAAAAUUAAUUACAAGUUCAACAAUGACAAAUCGCCAUCAAAUAAUUGAAUUCAAUUCUACAUAUCAUUUUUCGAAUUCAUUAAUUUAUAAUAAUGAACAAAUAAAUUCUUGGCAUUUGAAAAUAAAUAAUAAUUUGAUUUUAACAAUAUCAUUCGAUCAUUUCGAAAGAAAAUUUGCUCUUGAAGAUUAUAAACAAAAUGAAAUAUUAACAAUGACUUAUUCGGAUAAAUACCGUUUAAUUCAAAUAAAUUCUCGCGGAUUCCUACCAAUUAUUUAUACAUAUAGAGAUAAUGAUCAAAAAUUAUCAAGUUGGAAAAUCGGAUCAUAUUAUGAAGAAUUUUUAUAUGAUACAAAAGGACGUUUAAUUGAAAUACAACGAUCGAAUGAAUUAGCGUCGAUUAAAUAUAGUUAUGGACAUGGAGAACAACCUGUUGGUAUUACAUACGGUUCUCAAUCAAAUGUUAUGUUACGUAAAGAUUCAACAGGAAGUAUAACUGGUAUAAUAAUGCCAAAUCAAGCUGAACAUACUCUUGAAUAUCGAACAUAUUUCAAUGGUUAUCGUUUAAUUUAUUCUGGUUUACAUACACAAAUCUGGGAAUAUGAUUCACAAUCAAAUCUUCGACGAAUUUAUUUUCCAUUCCAUCGUCUUUUAACAUAUAAAUAUGAUGAAUAUAAUCGUUUAAUCUAUUCAUUUUCUGAUGGUUGUAAAACAUCAUAUGAAUAUUCGAAAUUAAGUAAACAAAUUCGUAUGGAAUAUCCACGUGGACAAGUUCAUGAACAAAUCUAUGAAUACAAUAAUAAUUCAAUUCUUAAACAUUAUAUUAGUUCGUAUAAAGAUAAAAAUUCUUAUCUAAUUGUCUAUAUUAAAUAUUUAUCUAUCCAUUCAUUUGAAUUACGUUUAAUAUUUUCAAAAGAAUUUCAUUUAAAAUUUCUUGAAAAUUAUUCAACAAAUAUUCAAUCAAAUUAUACAUUAAAUUAUCAUGAAAAUUUCGGAUAUUUACAAUCAAAUUCAUUUAUACGUUUAACCUAUCCAACAAAUUCGGAAUGUUUUAUUAAAGAUUAUUCAAAUUCCUUGACUAUAUCGAAACAUAUUGAUGAAUAUAAACGUUUAAAAGAAAUCAAUUUAAAUUCAAAAAAUCAAAAACGUUUAAUUAUUGAAUUUAUUUAUAAUAAUAAACAAUUUAUAUUAGAACAAAUCAAAAUCUCAUUAAACGAACUGGAAAAAUAUACUUAUACAUAUGAAUAUGAUUCUUUAAAACGAUUAAUAAAUAUAAAAAAGAAUGGAAUAAUAUUAGAUAUAUAUCAAUAUGAUUUAAAUAAUAAUUUAAAUUCAACAAAACAGUAUCAAUCGAUUCAAUAUAACCAAUGGAAUCAAAUACAACAAAUAAUUCUCAAUGAUAAUCAAACAUUAAAUUAUAAAUAUGAUAAAAAUGGAUUUUUACAUUUAAUAUCAAAUAAUAAAUUAUAUUUAUUUAAUUCAUUAGGUUUAUUAAUUAAAUAUAAAUCAAAUCAAUUGAUUAUUAAUUAUAUCUAUGAUAAUGAACAACGUUUAAUUAUUAAAUCUUAUCCAUUAACAGGUUAUUACAUACAAUUUAUUUAUGGUAAUCAACAGGAGAAUCGAUUAAUAACACAUAUAUAUAAUUCACAAUUGAAAUUUUUAACAACGAUUUAUUAUGAUAAUAAAAAUCAUUUAAUUGGUUUUGAACAAAAUGAAAAGAAAUUUUUUAUUUUAACUGAUCAAAUGGGUUCACCAUUGUUUAUUUAUGAUGAUAAUGGAUUAUUAAUACAAGAAAAAUUUUAUGGUUUAUAUGGAAGAAGUUUAAUUGAAAAAAAUUAUCAAGAAAAAAAAUUCUUUCCAUUUGGUUAUGCUGGAUUAUUAAUUGAUGAAGAUUUAAAUUGCGCAUUUGAAAAAACCAAUGGAAAAUUAUUUGAUAUUAAUCUUGGAAGAUAUUUAGUACCAAAUUUUCCUUUAACAUGGAUGAAUAAACAAACAUAUUUACCGACUAUUAAAAAUCCAUUAGAUGAUAUGAAUUUAUAUAAAAUUAAUGACGAAAUUUAUAAUGUCAAUGAAAUUAUUUUUCAAAGAUUAUCUCAUAAUGACAUACUUAAUCAAUUACAAAAUCUUAAUUAUGAUUUUUCGAAUUUAUUUGAUUCAAUACUAUCAUCAUCAUAUGUUAAUAAUCAAAAUAAUAUAUUUGAAAAAGAUUCAUUCUUAUACACAUCAUUUUUCUCAUAUUUUAAUGAUUAUUAUUCAAUAUCUUAUCCAAAUCAAUUUACAUAUUCAAUUGCUCAUAUGCAAAAUGAAAAUGAUUUUUGGAUAAAUCGUACAUUAUCAAGGAAAAAUUCUUCAAAUCAAAUUGAAUUUUUUUCAUUUACAUCUUAUGAUGAAGUAUUUUCUCGACUGUUUAAUCAAUCAUAUAUAAUUCCAUAUCGUAAACAAAAUGAUAUAUAUUUUCUUCAAAAUUUAACACAUUUUCAACAAUUAAAAUCUUAUCUCAAUCAACCAUUAUUACGUCAAUUUAAAAUCAAUAUAAGAUAUCAAACAACAAAAGAUAAUCUUAUUGAUAUGGAUUUAAUUAUAAGUAAUACAACAAUAUUUCAUAUUAAAUUUGGUUCAACAUAUGAUGAAGAAUAUCAACGACUUAUUGAAUAUAAUUUAUCACAAAUGAUAACUAAUGUUUGGCAAUAUGAACGAACAUAUUUGAUGGAAAAUGCUCGUUUAUAUUAUUUAUAUACUUGGUCACAAAAUGAAAUUGAUGAAUUAAUAAGUAAUGGUUAUUUAACAAAUUAUACAAUUGUUUAUCGUUAUGAUCCAUUGAUUUAUCCCGAAAUAAUUGAUGAUCCAACAAAUUUUAUGUUUAAAAUGAAAACAUAA